UUGGCUUAGCAGCCCUAUCAGAUGUUUACUGCAUUUGGAUUGAGUUUACUUCUAUUCCAAUUUUAUAAAAUAUAAAAAAAUACCAACAUUUCGUUACUAAAAGGUUUAAUUAAAUUAUUGGGAUAAAACCAAAACUGAAGAAAAUAUGCAGAUAACAGUAAAAGUAUUAAAAGGGCAAGAUUUAAAGUUGGAAGUGGAAACAACAACUACAAUCUUAGAAAUGAAGAAGGAAAUUGAAAAUAAAUUAAAAAUACCAUUAGCUGAACAAAAGUUACUUCUCUUUGGGCGUACUUUAAGUGACGAUAACACCGUCUCCUCAUAUCCAAAUAUAUGUGACGGAAGCAAGUUGAAUCUGGUAGUGAUGCGGCCACGGAUCGAAGGAUUGCGAGAGGUAAUUCAACGUUCCUUUAGUAAGUACUAUAAUGAUCAGCAAACGGAAAAAUUGGUAACUGUAUUCAUGUCGGACUUUGAGGCGAAUUUAAAACAAAUGAGUUGGGACGAUAUUGACCGAUUAUCAGAGAAUUUGAUAAGUGCUUAAGGAACGAGAUUUGGUAUAAUCAGAAAAGUAUCUUCAUAUAAUCUCUAUCGUAACUUAAAAACAAUAUUUUCACCCGUAUAUUUAUAAAAUUUCUAUAGAAAAUAAAUGAUUGAUAUCUGUA